AGGGAUCCAGGGGCUCUGGCUGCAUUACUGUUGCUUCCCGGGCUGUGGUACUGCACCCCGGGGCCUCAGUGAAGCAGGGCAGAGGAGGAACCCUCCCCGGGGCCCCGGACCCUUCUGCGAGCUGCCUGCAAGCCCCAGCUUCUGCUCCGUGAGCACCUUCUAGCAGCAUCUCCCCCGGGGAAGAAGGGGCCCCACCCAGCAUGGUUCAGUUCUCCCCCUGCUGCAACACGGCUGCCCAAACAGGAGGGAGGAAGAGCCCCGCGGAAGGUCCUGUACGGCAUUUGGCCCAGAUUCACAAAGGGGACGAUCAUGGAGCUGCUUGACCACAAGAAACUGGAUCAGGAUGUGGCUUAUUUUGCUGACAUUGUGAGUACAACUGAGAAUGUGGCAGCAUACACCUGGGAAAACCUCCAGAAGCAUCUGCCCGCGGGGGCUCUUAAUAAGGUCAAGGUGUAUGAAUCCAAGCGGAACGUCAUUGUGUACAAUGGAGACGAGACGGCUCCACUGGCCUUGAUGCGUGACCGGAGCGCACACGGCGUAAUCAGGGACUAGCAUUGUCUGCAGAUGAAAUGAAGCUUUGCAAUCAAGAUAAAAUCUACUGCACUGCAGCUCGUGCCUGUUCCCGCUUCGCUAACUGUGUCCAGUCUUGAUCUCUCGCUCCAGCCCACCCCCCGGCUGCUGCUGACAUGUUGUGAGUGAACAUUUUAAAGCUAGUUUCCACACAGAAAUAUAAACAACCAAGCUUCCUGCAGACACUAAACUGUCCCCUACUCCCCGCUGAGGGGUGGAGAGGCAAAGGACCAGGGUAACUGUGUACCAGCAGGACACUCACCUCUUGAG